AGCUAAGUGGCAGCUAUACUUCACCACUAUGGCAGUAAAGAUGACUAUAAAGACUGGCGGGGGAUGGAUCCUUUCAAAUGUACUUCAGCUGGGAUGCCCAGCUUGUGGAACGCACAGCAGGAGAAGGAACAUCUGAAGGAACACCUGACGAGGCUGCACCCUUGGCGGAAAGAACACCUGACAUGGCUGAAAGCUUGGUGGAAAAACCACCUGAUGAGGCUGCACCCUUGGUGGAGGGAACAGCUGACAAAAUUCAAUGUUUGGGGAAAGCAACAUCUGGAAAGUUUGAACAGUCAGCAGAAGAAACACCUAGGAAAAUUAUGAGGCCUGCAAAAGAAACAUCUGAGAAAUUUGCAUGGCCAGCAAAAGAAAGACCUAGGAAGAUCACAUGGGAGGAAAAAGAAACAUCUGUAAAGACUGAAUGCGUGGCAGGAGUAACACCUAAUAAAACUGAAGUUUUGGAAAAAGGAACAUCUAAGAUGCUCACAUGUCCUACAAAAGAAACAUCUACAAAAGCAAGUACAAAUGUGGAUGUGAGUUCUGUAGAGUCUAUAUUCAGAAGGAAGCAACAAAGACAGCAACUGAACAACAAGAAAAUGAUAUUGGCAUUAUUGAAUGAGCGCCAUAAGAUCUAACAAAUAAGAUGCUCAUAUCAGAGUCAGGACAAAAAGAAGAUACGAAAUCACCUUCAGUUUCUGAGGUAUCAGAUAAUAAUGAUGUAUUCCAAGGUCACAGCUAUGAAUGUGGAAGAGAUAGGAAAGGCCUCACCACUUAAGAUAGAAGCAGCAGCUGCAUAGUGGUAAC